CUAACACGAAGUCCACACACUUGGCUUUUGCAUGCUCCAACACACACGCACGCCCGCACACAUAUACACAUUUAAAUGCCGUACGUACAAUAGCGAGGUGACGGUGACGACGACGAGAUCCGGAAAGGGAAAGAGCGAAGCACAUCUGGCUCACAGCUAGCAAGUCUAGACGGCCGGCUGUAUUGCCCGAUACAGCACCUCCAUCUGCGCCAUCAUGGGCUCAUCUCUCACCGAGCUCGGCAUCCCAGCCUCGCUGCAACAUGCGUCCACAGUGAGACGGUUGGAUGACACCACCUACGAGGCGAAUCUAAAUCCUGCAUUUUGUGUGAUUGCAGUUCCCAAUGGCGGGUACGUAGCCUCCAUCUUCCUACAAGUCGCCAAGGCGCACAUGACGCCGCGAGGACAGCCCGACACCAUCGCCGUCCACUGGCAGUUCCUGUCGCGGACAUCCCACGGGCGCGGUGUCCUCAAGGUUGACGAGGUCAAGAUGGGCCGCGCAAUGUCCGUUCUGCACAUCACGCUGCACCAGGUCGACCUCGUCCCGUCCCACCCAUGGGUCGCUCCCGAGAGCCGGGACCGCGGACAGGUGGUGGCGUACGUGACCAACCGCAACAUGGAUGACGAGGCCGGCGUGUCGUUCCAAACCGGAUGGACGGUCCAGCCGUCGCCUCCGCCGCCCAUCGACUUCUCCAAGGUGCGGCUGGGACAAGACCCUCAUUGGGCGCGCAUGCAGACGUUUUUGAUGCGCCAGCUGCCGAUGCUGCACAACCUCGAAUACUACGUGCCCCGCGCGGCCAAACCCCUCCUCCCUGCGGCGACGAUGGAUCUCUGGAUUCGACUGGCGAACGAGGCGGACGGUCGCUUCGUCGCCACGUCACUGGGCUACGUUGCGGAUGCCGCGGCGCCGCUCAUAGUCGAAAACUACCGCCAGCCUCGCAGCGACGGGCCCUUUCCCGCAGACUCCUUCCCGCGGAACAAGGGCUUCUGGUUUCCGACCGUUUCCAUGGGUCUUGAUGUGCGGAAGCGCUUGCCCCCUGAGGGCGUGGAGUGGUUACGCCUGCGGAUCGCGACCAAGGCCAUCUUGAACGGGAGGUACGACGCGGAGCAAGUAGUUUUCGAUGACAAGGGGGAUCUAAUUGCCACUUGCCAUCACGUCGCGAUGGUGGUGGAUGUAGCGAGAAACACCGCCGGACGCGGCCAGGCGGCGGAUAGGUCCCAUAAGGGCAAAAUCUGAUUGUUUCUAGCCUUGAGCUUUUGACAACUAGAGGCGUUCAAUAGCUAUACGGUAUGGAGGC